GUGCAUCAUUAUGACAUCCGAUGUCAUUAGUUGGCGUGUUUACUGCUCAGGUCGUUUGGGAGUUUUAAUUGUUUUCCCAUAAAAAGUUCGAUUUUCUGCCAAAUGAAUCAUAGUGUUGACAACUAGUGAACAGAAAACAUCCGACCAUGUCUAUGUCAAAAACGACAAACACCUACAAUCGCCAAAACUGGGAAGAUUCCGAAUUCCCAAUACUCUGUCAAACAUGUCUCGGUGACAAUCCCUACGUGCGAAUGAUCAAGGAACGCUACGGAAAGGAAUGUAAGAUCUGCACGCGUCCCUUCACCAUAUUCCGCUGGUGUCCAGGAGCACGGAUGCGUUUCAAGAAGACAGAAAUCUGCCAGACCUGCUGCCGCCUGAAGAACGUAUGCCAGACGUGCCUGCUCGACCUCGAGUACGGACUUCCGAUCCAAGUGCGUGAUGCCGCCCUGAAAAUCGCUGAUACGAUGCCGCAAAGUGACGUCAACAAGGAGUACUACAUCCAGAACAUCGAUAAUGAACUAUCGAAAACGGAUGGAACCCAGGCAGCGGGAGCUGUUGGGAAAUCGGUGGCUGCGAGCGAGAUGCUGUCCAAGUUGGCACGCACUGCGCCUUACUACAAGCGGAACAGGCCACACAUUUGCUCGUUCUGGGUGAAGGGAGAAUGCAAGCGCGGCGAGGAGUGUCCCUACCGCCAUGACAAACCAAACGAGCCCGACGAUCCGUUAUGCGAGCAGAACAUCAAGGAUCGGUACUAUGGCCGCAACGAUCCCGUCGCCGAGAAGAUCAUGAAGAGGGCGGCGAGUCUUCCGACGCUUGAACCGCCUGAGGACAAGAACAUCACUACGCUGUACGUGGGCAACCUCAGCGAGAACAUUACGGAGCCGGAUAUCCGCGACAAUUUCUACCAAUACGGCGAGAUUCGCUCCAUCGCCCUCGUUCCGCGACAACAGUGCGCCUUCGUCCAGUACACAAAGCGCAGUGCGGCCGAACUGGCUGCCGAGAAAACAUUCAACAAAUUAGUCCUGCACGGUCGCAAGCUGACCAUCAAAUGGGCUCAUUCGCAGGCCAAGCAAAACACCGUGGCCAAGACGGAUCGUCGCUACGAGCCGAUCCCCGGUCUGCCACCACCGUCGGCAACGACUACCUCGAAUCCGAACGAUUUCUUCAAUUUGCAGUCGGAAGUGACUGUGCUUCCGCCUGGCAUGAAGCUGCAUCAGAUCCCGCCCAGCAUGCUGCCCACGGGGGCGUACUCCUCCAUGUAUGGCAACUAUGCCGCUCCGUACGCUUCGAUCCCUCUUCCUGGUGCAGCGAUUCCUUCGACAAGUGGCGUUGGGCUGGAGACGCAGAUCCCUCCGCCGCCAGGAGCACCAGCCGUUCACUAUCCAAGUCAGGAUCCCAGCCGUUUGGGGGCCGUGAAGAAGUGAGGAGACUCGUGGAUUGUUAAGUUAGUUUUUAGUGCGAUUUCUGUAAUGUCUUAAAAGGAUAUUUUUCAAAGGAUUGAAAUACACGAAACUAAAGUUUUAA